CGCCAGCUGUGGGUCCUUCGGGGGCUCCGCCACUUUCCUUCCAUCAGCGUCAGCUCCUUGCCACCCUCAUCGCCAGCAUGCCUGGUCCGACCCCCAGUGGCACUAACAUGGGAUCCUCAGGGCACUCUCCCAGCAAAGCCGUGGCCGCCCGGGCGGCGGGAUCCACUGUCCAGCAGAGGAAAAAUGCCAGCAGUGGGACAAGGAACGCAGGCCACACAACCUCAGCAGGCACCAGGGGCAUGUGGCGAUUCUACACAGAAGAUUCACCUGGGCUCCAAGUUGGCCCUGUUCCAGUAUUGGUUAUGAGUCUUCUGUUCAUCGCCUCUGUAUUUAUGUUGCACACUUGGGGCAAGUACACUCGUUCGUAGAUUCAGUUACAUCCGUCUGUCAUCUGAAGAAGGAGGAAAAAACCCAACAUUUCUUGGACCAAAAGUACAGUGACUAUGUGUCAUGAGAGAAAUUUU